AUGGCACUCUCGCGUGGUAUCGGUCCGAGGCCUCCCACCUCGUGCUGCGGUAAAGUGUCGAGUGAUUGGAGGAGGGACUGGAAAGUUGCACAGCGUUCGAGGCAGCUGCCUAGUUUGCCCACUAAGCCGGGCUACAUGACGUCCCGGGCCUGCCCCUCGUUCGGCUCUUCCUCGCAAAGCGACCCGCUUCCCGCGCCCGGGAGCUCGUCCGAUCCCAGCCUUUCCCAGUCCGUUCAAAGUCCGGAGGGGCCCAUGGCCGUCGUCGUCGUCGUCGUCGUCGUCUUGAACGAACAAUCAAAAAUCUGCGGCAAUCUCGCUGCUACGGUAGCAUCGGUCCGAUCGCGUGCGCGUCGUCUCGCUGUCUCGUGCGGCAGCACCCUGCAGCGACUGCAGCCUGUGCAGCUCCAGCGCCAGUCUGCAAUCACAUGCUUUGCACAUCUUGGUCGCGCUUGGAGCAGCUCGCUCCGGACAGCCCAGCCUUAUGCUCGACGUCUGAUUCCUGGAUUCACAGGACGUCGGCGCCCCGGUCGGACUGCCAACACCACCGUCAGUCGAGUUCGGCGAACCAUUCCAGCGCUUGCAGGCCACGGCAAGCGAAUGGCCAAGCUAGCCUCGGCAUGGAUUUCCGACGUUGCCAAGGCCGCCUCUCAGCCAGGCGCGCGCCAACCCGCGCGAGAGCGGGCACCGCUCCAGCUCGGCGCGGUCCAGCUGCUGAGGGCUGAGUCUGAAUGCUGCCACACGCACGAUCUCGAGGUGCCUCCUGGAUUCACCCACCGCGCCACGUUUUCGCUCUCCCCCUUUUCACCAUGA